GUGGCCAAAUACGUAUUUAGCAAAAACAAAAUAACAACUUCUAUGUGGCAUGUCCAUUAUAAUGGCUAGUAUCAUGCUUAUUUGGAUGGAUAGUAAUUUUUUUUAGAAGAGAACAAUAAAAAGCGUCGUAACCGUGUUGCCGAAUAAACAUUAACGGCGUCGUAAAUUUUUUAUUGAUUAAUGAAAGCGGAAAAACCAACCCUUAUCAUCUCCGCCCAUAAACGAUAUUAAAGGGAAAAAAAAAAAAAAAAACCAGUAAAAAGCGCGAAAGAGAAAGAGAAAGAGAAAUGAGGGAAUAGUUAACCAAUGGACAUCCAAGAUCCAAAUUCCAAAACCAUUUCCAAUCCCAAAGAUCCAAAUCACCAAAAUGCUGCGCCUAAAAAUGGGCUCCCGAAUUCAUCAUCAACGUCAAUCUUCACCCUACGACCUGGGCCGCACCACAGAAGGGCGCAUUCGGAAAUGAGCUUCCGAUUACCGGAGGAUGUGACGACGAUGAUGAUGGAUCUGUCGCCUUCUGAUCCGAUCAAUGGAGGUGGACCUGGUGGAGGUGGAGGUGGAGGAGUGGGAGGAGGAGGUGGUGGUGGCGGAUCUUCUGUUGGGAGUUUUGAAGAGAUGGGGUCGGAAGACGACCUUUUCUCAACGUACAUUGAUGUGGAUAAACUAACAGGAGGAGGAAAUGGUACAGAUCAGAGUAAUAAUAAUAACAAUAAUAAUGAUGAAAAGAAUGGUGAAGGAGAGAAAGGAAUGCCGACGAGGCCAAAGCAUAGACAUAGCAAUUCGGUUGAUGGGAGUGUUUGUGGAGAGGUAAUGGAAGCUAAGAAAGCUAUGCCUCCUGAUAAGUUGGCUGAGCUUUGGUCUCUUGAUCCUAAACGAGCCAAAAGAAUACUUGCGAACCGGCAGUCUGCUGCCCGCUCUAAAGAGAGGAAGGCCCGAUAUAUACUAGAACUUGAGCGGAAAGUUCAGACCCUUCAAACUGAAGCCACAACUCUUUCUGCCCAACUCACAUUAUUCCAGAGGGACACAACAGGACUAAGUACGGAAAACAUAGAGCUUAAGCUUCGACUACAAGCUAUGGAGCAACAGGCUCAAUUACGUGAUGCUUUGAAUGAAGCAUUGAAGAAGGAAGUUGAGAGGCUCAAGAUUGCCACCAGGGAAAUCAUGAGCCCCUCUGAGUCAUUCAACUUGGGAAUGCACCAAAUGCCAUACACCCCAUCAAACUUUUUCUCACAUCCACAACAAUCUGGAUCUGCUAAUCAUCCAAACAUGCAGUUCCCACCAUAUGCUCAUUCCCAAACUAGUAUUCCAGGUCACCAUCUACAUCAAACAAAUUCCCAUACUUUCUCAGAACUUAUGCAAAAUGAUUCUCUCGGUCGACUACAGGGUCUUGAUAUCAGUAGUAAAGGACCAAAUAUUGUAAAAUCGGAAGGCCCCUCGCUUUCUGCCAGUGAAAGUAGCUCCACAUUUUGACAGAAACUGGCUGCUGACUAGCUGACUUGUCCACUGCAUGUGUGUGUUUAUAGACUGACAUCAUGUUAUUUAGAGAAGGUAUUCCAUUUUAGUUUCAUCAUUCAUUCCAUUCAUGUUGUGGGGAUAAUUCUUAAUUGUUUAUUCUUAGGGUUCUACCAGAAAAAAAGGAAGCACCCAGGUUUUCAUGUUACUUGUACGAGUUCAAUGUUUAACAUGGAGAGUUUUGUGUACUGAUUUGUGAUAGGAGCCAUGGGGGGUGAAAGGUCAGUCCCAUUGGGUGUCAAUAUGUGUAUGACAAUGUUGUCCAAUUCAUUUGUAUCUGAUUUCAUCUGGUACUGUGUAAACCUGGCGUCUGUCAUUAUCAUUCCUUUUCCUGGUUUUGAUGGAAAUAGGAUUUCUCAGUCUCCAUUUCUAGUCCAACCUGAAGGUUUUGGAGAAUCAAAAUUCACAGUCUGGUCUUAAAUUUUUUA